GGAGGAAAAGGGGGACAAAGGAAGAGGAGGAAGAGGAAACUGGAAGAUGGGAGGUAAGAGAGAGGGGCCAAGAGGACGCCAAGCCACUAGAUAAAGCCAUCCACGUGACAGCAGGAAGAGGAGGAGGAGCAGGACCAGCAGGGAGCGAGGGAUUGUGCUGGCCCCAUCAGACGGCAGUGUGCUCCCAGGCGUGUGCGUCAUGGUGGACGUGACCAACAAGACCUUUGAGGCCGUGCUGCCGCAGAUCAUCUCUGAGGUCAGGGCCGCCACCUUCCUGGCCCUGGACGCAGAGUUCACCGGCCUCCUCGCCAACGCUGCCUACAAGGCAGACCUGUUUGAUGAUGGUCCGCGGCGGUACAGGAAGCUGUGCGCCAGCAUGCACCACUUCUCCAUCACGCAGCUUGGCCUGGCGGUGUUCACGGGUGAGGUGGACAGCAACAGCUACAGCGUGUCCACCUACAACUUCUACCUGCGGCCCCACUCCUGUGCCUCCAGCGACCCCAUCAUCGCCUGCCAGACCUCCAGCCUCGAGUUCCUGCAGCGGUUUAACUUUGACUUCAACAAGUGGAUCUACGAAGGCGUCCCGUACAUGAACUCCGAGGAAGAGGAGAACCUUCAGACGGAGCUGUCGGCACUCUUCAAGGGAACCAAACCAGUCCUCUUGUCCUUUGAGUUGACCGAUCACCUGAGGGGCGUGGGGGAGUGGGUGGCGAUGGGGUGUGAGGGCGGCACGCACACGGUCGCCGGCGUACUGGACACACACUCCCAGGCCAUGUUGCUCGCUGCCAUCCACAACACCUUCGCUGGGCUCUGGGCGACGCUGCAGGAUGGCCAGAUUGUGGUGAGGUCAGUAUCCAGCGACGAGAGAGAGAGGCUUGACGCGGAGGACCCAGGGCGGACACAGCUGGUCUCGGCACUUGUGGAGAGGAACACGGGUUUUACGAGGCUGUUCCGACACCUGGUGGAGCUCAGGAAACCCAUCGUCCUGCAUAACUGUAUCCUGGACCUUAUGCUGAUGUACAAACAGUUCCACAAGAGGCUGCCGAGUUCCUACAGCACCUUCAAGUCUGAGGUUCAUGCACUUUUCCCUCUCCUCUACGACACCAAGUUCGUGGCCGAGGAGAUGCGAUCCAAGUACAGGGACGACGCCAUUGUGAGCAAAAUCCUCCACAAGACGAGCCUCGGAGAGCUUCACACCGCCCUCAGAGGAGACUUGCCGGUGCUGUAUGUCCCUCGCCUGCACCACCGCCCGCCCGACAACAAGUACUCGCAGGAGAGCGUGAUGCUGCAUGAGGCGGGCUAUGAUGCUAUCCUGACUGGGACUUGCUUCGUGCGCAUGGCCCAACUCUGCGCCAUGAUAAGCCUGCCCGUAACGGCUCCCCAUCGGCCCCUCAGCCCUCGGGAGCACCUCUUCACCCUCAAGGAGUACGCCAACAAGAUCCAGGUGCCGAGGUCAGCCGUCUCCUGCAUGGUUCUCAGCGGGGAGGAUCGGCCCAGCAAGCGUCCUCCGUGGCUGCUGGUGGAGGGGCAGGGCAGGGGAGUGAGGGUGACGCCGGGGCUGGUCUCGGCAACGCUGGCUAAGUACGGGCGCUUGGACGUACAGCCGCUCAAUAAUAAGUCUGUGUUGGUCGCCACUACGUCCUGGAACUGCCUCACCAACAUCCUGUCCAGCCUGUCCUCCGAGACUUCCCUCCAGGCCAAGAUAUACAGCCGGCCCAGACUCUCGCCCCUCAUGCACACCUUCAUACUGUCCGGUGCUGUGCUGUCAACGGGACUCGGUGCGUGGCUAGUGUACAAGUCCUUCAAGAAGUCCUCCUCAUGAGACCAGGAAUGGAUUAAAAGAGAAGAGCGAGAUGGAGUCCCUGAUGAAGAGGUGGGAAAUGUGCUGCGCCAUCUCC